GAUGCGCUACCUGCCCCUAAUGUCGGAAUAACGGAAUAACCGGGUACCUAGUUACUUUAACUUAGCUAUACGGCUUAUAUAAUCGGCUCCACAGCAGGUGCCAGACCGCCACCGGCUGAGUCGGUCAGUUGCAGGUGUCUCGUGCUCUGAAGCACAUCGCCCGCCGGCCUGAGUCUCCUCUGCCUACUCACUCGCCAUUCCCCGUCUUCCAUCAUCACAGCACAGUCGGCGGUAUCAGUUCAUGCGCUGCUACUCCAACCGCUCUCAUACCCUCCCUAUCCGUCCAUCUCGCGCGAUCUAGGGCCAUUUGACGCGUUAGCCGCCACCGGAACCGACAGGAAUCCUCCCGUCCUGCCUUCGCAGCAGCAGCAGCAGCAGCAGCAGCAGCACCGAUCGGUCGAUCGCAUCCCUUCCGUUCCCCUACUCUUCUUCCCGGUUCAUGUCGUAAAAGGGGUUUCCCUGCGCAAUAAUGGCGCCGCCCGUCGAAAUCACCAUCCCGACGACAUUGCAGCACGUACCCGCCGACAAUUCGAAACCGUACACCAUCUACAACAUCACCCUACGCUUACCUUUACGCACCUUCGUCGUCCAGAAGCGCUACUCCGACUUUGACACCCUGCACCAGACCCUCGCCUCCCUCGUCGGCUCCCCACCACCCGUCUCCUUGCCGGCCAAGACCUGGUUCAAGUCGACCGUCACGUCGCCCGAGCUCACCGAAGACCGCCGCCGCGCUCUUGAAUCCUACCUCCGCGCCAUCGCCGAGUCCCCCGACCGACGAUGGCGCGACACGCCGGCCUGGCGCACCUUUCUUAAUCUGCCGAGCGCUGGCAGCGCUGGCAACAGCGCGGCAAGCGUGCGAAACGGUGCACGCAGCUACGGGAUUCCGCCAAACCGGGACGCCGCCAAUGCCGCGGCAGCCCAGGACCCCGGCACCUGGCUUGACCUGCACGGGGAGAUGAAGCGCGACUUCCAGGAGGCCCGGCGUUGCCUCGCGCGGCGCGACGGCGCCCCCGACAGCUCGACCGCACUCGAGGCCGGCGCCGCCGCCAAGAAGGCGCUUGUACGCGCCGGUUCCUUGCUCACCUUCCUCGGCGACGGCCUGCGCACCAUGCAGGACGCCCGCCGUCUCGGUGAUGGCGAGAUCCGUCGCCGCAAGGACCUGCUCGCAGCCGCGCGCGUCGACCGCGAAGACCUCGAGAAGCUCAGCACAACGGUGUCAGCCGCGGGGCGGGCGUCGCAGCGCGCGACACCGUCGGCGGCGGAUAAGGCGGCGUUGAUCGGAAACGGCGCCCGGACACGCGGCGGGCGGGUGCUAGGCGCGCCACUGCCGGAGACGGAGCGGACCCGCGAGCUCGACAACCAGGGCGUGGUGCAGCUGCAACGGCAGAUGAUGAAGGAGCAGGACGCUGACGUCGACGAGCUGACCCGGCUCGUCCGGCGGCAGCGCCAGAUGGCGGAGGCGAUCCACCGCGAAGUCGAGGAGCAGACCGAGAUGCUCGACCACGUCAACGCGCAGGCCGACGUUCUCAGCGGCAAGGUUGGCGUGGCCAGGAACCGCACCAAGAAGCUGUCGUGACUCGACCUCACCGCCGGCCUCGUGGUCAACGCCCUGCUGCUCUCGGUCGGCCUCGCUCUCCGCGCCGUCUGGCUCGUCGAGGGCUUGUUCA